AUGGGGAUUGCUAAGUUGGUUGGUGUAAUAUUAGUAGUGAUAUUAAGUGGAAUGAGAAAUGGAGCAUAUGGUCUGAGCAUGAGUUACUACAUCAUGAGCUGCCCAUUAGCUGAUCUAAUUGUGAAGAACACUGUCAACAGAGCUUUGCGAUCUGACCCUACUCUUGCUGCUGGUCUUAUCAGAAUGCAUUUCCAUGACUGCUUCCUUCAGGGAUGUGAUGCUUCAGUUUUGAUUGAUUCAACAAAGGAUAAUACAGCAGAAAAGGACUCCCCAGCAAAUUUGAGUUUAAGAGGGUAUGAAAUUAUAGAUGAUGCUAAACAACAGCUUGAACAACAAUGCCCUGGUGUUGUUUCUUGUGCAGAUAUUGUUGCUAUGGCUGCCCGCGAUGCUGUUUUCUUUGCAGGGGGUCCAGUGUAUGAGAUACCAAAAGGAAGAAAGGAUGGAAGAAUAUCAAAAAUAGAAGACACAAGAAACCUCCCUCCUCCUUUCUUCAACACCUCCCAACUCAUCACCAUGUUUGCCCAACAUGGCUUCUCUGCUCAAGAAAUGGUUGCUUUAUCUGGGGCACAUACACUAGGAGUAGCAAGGUGCUCAUCAUUCAAAUUUCGAUUGAGCAAUUUCGAUUCAACUCACGAUACCGAUCCAACCCUAGACUCGAACUUCGCCAAGACAUUGUCAAAAACAUGCAGUGCCGGUGACAACGCUGAGCAAACCUUCGAUGCCACCAGAAACUCCUUCGACAACGAUUAUUUCAAUGAGCUCACGAGGAGUUUCGGAGUGCUCUUCUCCGACCAAACCUUAUAUGCCAGUGCCAGGACCAGGAGCAUUGUCAAUGCCUAUGCGAUGAACCAAGCAAGAUUUUUCCUCGAUUUUCAGCAAGCAAUGGUGAAAAUGGGCUUGCUCGAUGUUAAAGAAGGUUCUAAUGGAGAAGUUAGGGAAAAUUGUCGUAAGGUCAACUGAUAAAUUUAGAUAACUCUUUAUUAAUCAAAAGAUCAAAUGAUGUCAUUUAUGUAGACCUAUAUAUAUGUAAUGUGUGCGCUUAGAUGAAGCAUUAUAGUUGUAUUUUUCAUUUUUGUUCCAUGUUAUAUAGUAAUAAGCAUUGUUCAAUGAAUGCAGUGUGUUUCAAAUCA